UCGUUACUCGAGAGAGCGAUAAAAAACGUCUGAGAACACCAGCCACGUGCAAUCGCAGCAUUACGAUUCGAGCCGGCUUCGCGUUCACAAGGCCGUCAUUACAAGUAGUGCAACCAAUUAUUUAUAUUGUGAAAGUAACAUCAAUCCUGGAAAACACGAUGACCGUCCCACAAGGAGGCUCGGCUGUAUUUCAACCUAAUCGUGCCCUCGGUUUUGUGAGUAACGAUGUGCCGCUUGUCACUCGCUUUAUACAGCGUCGUCGAGAACAUCUGAUUGUAACCUGUGCGGGGCGCAGUUUUCAUACGUACGGAUGCUCGCAUUUUACUCUACUCAGCGUAUCUGGAGCGCAUCACGAAGAUAUAACAUGCCUUGCUGCUGACACUUAUCACGUAUACACAGCCGCCGGUAAGGAGAUUUAUGCUUGGAGAAGAGGAAAUGAGUUGAAACACACUUAUAGAGGACAUAAAUAUCCUGUACACCUUCUUUUUCCCUUUGGACCUCAUCUUAUAUCUAUCGAUGAACAAAGCAAGAUUAUGAUUUGGGACAUCAAGACAGAAGAACUUUAUUCCGAGACAGAGUACAAUAAUGCCACUUUUCAAGUGACUGCCAUUAUGCAUCCAACUACUUAUCUUGAUAAAAUUGUACUGGGAAGUAAACAAGGAAAAAUGAUAUUACUUAAUAUCAAAGUUAUGAAGUUGAUUCAUACGUUUGAAGGAUGGUCAUCACCAAUAACAGUUAUUGAACAAUCAACUGCAGUUGAUAUUGCAGCAGUAGGAUUAGAGAACGGUAAAAUCAUUUUUCACAAUCUCAAACUUGAUCAGACUUUGUUUGAACUUGAGCAAGAUUGGGGAUGUGUAACGUCAAUAUCGUUUAGAACUGAUAAUCAGGAAAUUAUGGCCACUGGAAGCAUGAAUGGACACAUUGUUCUUUGGGAUCUUAAAAAUCGCAGAGUUGAGAAUUGUAUUACAAAUGCUCACUUUUCGUCUGUGACAGGAAUGAAGUUUUUAGCUAAUGAACCUCUAUUAGUAUCAUCUUCUCCAGAUAAUUCUUUAAAAUUAUGGAUUUUUGAUGCUGCUGAUGGUGGAGGUAGACUCUUGAGAAUAAGGGAAGGACAUGCAGAACCUCCUACUAGUAUAAGAUUCUAUGGAGAAGAUGGCUCUAAUAUUCUAUCCAUUAGCGGAGAUUCAUCACUGAGGAUAUUUAAUACAAAAACAGAAACUUUCAAUAAAUCAUUAGGCAGAGCUUCAUUCAAUAGAAAAGCUUCCAAAAAGAAAGGAAGAGCAAUAGAAGAUCCUUUGAUUAUGCCUGCCAUGACAGCUCUUGCAGCAGAAGCUGCUAGAGAAAAAGAUUGGGACAAUAUUAUUACUACCCACCAUGGCUUAGGUGUAGUUACCACAUGGUCAUACAAUAAAUUGAAAAUGGGCAGUAUCAAAUUGUUACCUGAAAAAAUCAAGUAUAAUUUGAAUGUAACAGCAACUGCUAUUACCAUUACUCAGUGUGGUAACUUUGCCAUUAUUGGUUAUAAUAAUGGUCAUUUGGAAAGGUUCAAUCUUCAAUCUGGAGCUCAUAGAUGCUCAUAUGGUAAUGAAAGUGGAGCUCAUGAUGGCCCUAUCAAGGGUGUAAGUGUUGACUGCAUUAAUUCAGUAGUCGUUAGUGGUGGUAGAGAUGCUACUGUAAAAUUUUGGCCAUUCAAGCCUACUAAAGAUACCCAACCAAAAGCAGUUAUUGCUCUUAAAGAAUCAGUUGAAUUCUUGAGAUCUCAUACUGAAAAUUCAUUAGUUGCCGUUGCCUUGCAAGAUUUUUCUAUUUGUGUGAUUGACAUAGACAUGCAUCGCGUUGUGCGAAUAUUAGAAGGACACAGAGGACCAUUAACAGAUGUGACAUUUAGUCCUGAUUCUAGGUGGAUUGUCAGUUCUUCUAUUGACAGAACCAUCAGAGUAUGGGACAUUCCAUCAGCUCAAGUUAUAGAUAUUUUCCAGGUUCCAGAGGCUUGUAUUUCUCUAACAUUUUCUCCAACUGGGGAGUUUCUAGCAACUGCACAUACUUGUAACUUAGGAAUAAUGUUGUGGACAAAUAAGACUUUAUAUUCGCAGAUAACACUGAAGUCGAUUGACUCAGAAAGUAAUAUUCCUAGUAUUCCAUUACCUGGUACUACUACUGAUGUAGUUACUGCUGGAGAUCUUGAAGAUCUUAUGGUAAUUGAUGAGGAACCAAAUGAAGAGGAACAAAAUGAUGAAAAACCAGAUGAUGAAGAAACUGACUAUAAAUCUCCUGAAUGUCUCAGUAAAAAACUUGUUACCUUAUCAGCACUUCCUUCUUCCCGCUGGUUGAAUCUUUUGAAUAUUAGUGAAAUCAAAAGACGCAAUAAGCCAAAAGAACCACCAAAAAAACCAGUAGCAGCUCCUUUCUUUCUUCCUACAUCUGCUGGACUUCAAGUACAAUUUGAUUUUUCUGGCAUAGAAAAAGAUGAUAGUCAAAGUAAAUUAUUAACUCAUCAUGAUUUUAAAAGUCUUACAGUAUUUGGUUGUUUAUUAGAAAAAUGUGCUCUAACUGAAGAAUACAAUGAAGCUAUAAAUAAAUUGAAACUCAUGAAUCCUAGUGAAAUAAAUGUGGAAAUAGAAACUUUAUCAUUUGAUAUGAUAAUUGCAGUUCCUAUGUUAAAGAAAUUUAUGAAAUUGUUAAAACAUAUGUUAAAAAGUAAACAAGAUUUCGAACUAGCUCAAGCAUAUCUUUCAACAUUUUUGAAGUGUCACGGAGCUACAAUAGUAGAGAACAAAGAACUGGCAGAUUACCUCCAUGAACUAAAGAGGUAUCAAAUCAAGAGUUGGAAGAAGCUAAGAGAAGAGCUAUUUUACAACCUAUGUGUGGUUGAACAUUUGAAACGAAAUUAAUUUUUAAACAAAUAUAUGUUGUAAUUAUUUUGUAUAUUUUGUAAAUAUAUGUUGAUGACUUUU